AUGGGUGUCAAGGGCUUAUGGAAACUACUCGAACCAACGGCUUGCGUUACCAACCUCGACGCAUUAUCUGGUCAGAUACUGGCAGUUGACCUUUCGAUGUGGCUGCAUCAGGCAAUACAUGGUAAAGCAGGUUUGCCCAACGAUCAGAACACUUAUUUGGACGUGUUGUUGCGUCGUUUGUUGAAGAUGAUGUUUUACGGAAUCCGACCCGUUAUUGUUUUCGACGGGGCUAACGUUCCAGCGUUUAAAGAAGCUACAAUGGCAAAAAGAAAGUUGAAGCGCAGCAUUGCGGCAGAAAAACUGCGCAGAAUUCAACCGAAAUUGCUAAGGAAACUAGCUGAGAAGACUGCUUCGGCGACUUGCACUCUAGGAGCCAGUGACGGCGUCCAUGUGACCAAUUCGGAGCGAGAAUGUGAGUCCUUCCUGGAAGAAGUAGCAGGUGCUCGGUGCGAAGUGUCGAUUGCGGAAUCCAUCAUUCUAAUGGACGAUUUCAUUGCGCAUGUCAGAGCAGACCUGAAAAGUGAAAAGGCAUGA